AUGUGAGGCUCUGUUGCCUCUGUUGUUGGCUGCCCUCCCUCCCUCCCUCGCUCGCUCGCUCGCUCGCUCGCUCGCUCCAAGAUGGCGGCGCCGGCGGCGGGUGACUGAGGCGAAGAGAGAGUCUGAGGCGAGAGAGAGCCGAGCGAGCGAGCGAGUCCUGGCUGCCGGGAAAGGCCGAGAAGACGCCUCGGGCCCGAGCUCUUCUCGCCGGCCGCCGCUCUCCCCCGCCUCGGCCCUCCUCCAGGAGGAUGGUAAAAUGACCCAGGCGGGGAAGAAGAAGAAAAGGGCCGCCAACCGCAGCAUCCUGCUGGCCAAGAAGAUCAUCAUUAAGGACGGCGGCACGCCUCAAGGAAUAGGUUCGCCUAGUGUCUACCAUGCUGUGAUAGUUAUAUUUUUGGAAUUUUUUGCUUGGGGCCUCCUGACAGCACCUACCUUAGUGGUUUUGCAUGAAACUUUUCCAAAACACACAUUUUUAAUGAAUGGCCUAAUACAAGGAGUAAAGGGCUUAUUGUCUUUCCUGAGCGCUCCUUUGAUUGGAGCUUUGUCUGAUGUGUGGGGCCGAAAAUCCUUCUUGCUGCUAACAGUAUUUUUUACAUGUGCACCAAUUCCACUGAUGAAGAUCAGCCCAUGGUGGUACUUCGCUGUUAUCUCUGUCUCCGGAGUCUUUGCAGUGACCUUUUCAGUGGUGUUUGCUUAUGUAGCAGAUAUAACCCAAGAACACGAACGAAGCAUGGCCUAUGGCUUGGUUUCAGCAACAUUUGCUGCAAGUUUAGUUACCAGCCCUGCCAUUGGUGCCUAUCUUGGUCGAGUCUAUGGAGAUAGUCUGGUGGUGGUCCUAGCGACAGCUAUUGCAUUAUUGGAUAUUUGUUUUAUUCUUGUUGCUGUGCCUGAAUCGUUGCCAGAAAAGAUGAGGCCUGCGUCAUGGGGCGCACCCAUUUCUUGGGAACAAGCUGACCCUUUUGCGUCACUGAAGAAAGUGGGCCAGGAUUCCAUUGUGCUGCUAAUCUGCAUAACAGUCUUUCUCUCCUACCUCCCUGAGGCAGGCCAGUACUCCAGCUUCUUCUUGUACCUCAGACAAAUAAUGAGAUUCUCACCGGAAAGUGUUGCAGCAUUUAUAGCAGUCCUUGGAAUCCUCUCUAUUGUCGCACAGACAAUAGUUUUGAGUUUACUUAUGAGAUCAAUUGGAAACAAAAACACCAUCCUGUUGGGUCUGGGAUUUCAAAUACUACAGCUUGCGUGGUAUGGUUUUGGCUCAGAACCUUGGAUGAUGUGGGCAGCAGGUGCUGUGGCUGCCAUGUCUAGCAUCACGUUUCCAGCUGUCAGUGCACUAGUUUCACGGACCGCUGAUGCUGAUCAACAAGGUGUUGUCCAAGGAAUGAUAACAGGAAUCCGAGGACUCUGUAACGGCUUGGGACCAGCACUUUAUGGAUUUAUAUUCUACAUUUUCCAUGUAGAACUGAAUGAGCUUCCAGUGACUCAGAAUGACCUGGGAGAUAGCAUAGCUACACAGCACCAUUCACAGCAGAACUCGAUCAUUCCGGGUCCUCCUUUUUUAUUUGGAGCCUGCUCUGUCUUACUGGCUCUACUUGUUGCCUUGUUUAUUCCGGAACACACCAACUUAAAUGUCCGCUCUAGCAGCUGGAAAAAACACUGUGGUGGACAUGGCCACCCGCACAGUCCACAGGCCCCUGGGGAGGCCAAAGAACCUUUGCUACAAGACACAAAUGUAUGACAACAAAACUCCAGGACUCCUAGAGCGAGUUUCUUACCGUUACUCUUUUUCACCUGCAGUUCUGGAUGCACAUUCCAUUUCCAUUGAAAGUGUCAUUUCUUAAGGUGGACUUAAGGAUUUUUUCUCUUUGCAUGAAAAUUGUAAGAACCACAAAAAAAGGAAGUGGAAAAUCCUCCAAAGAAGUUACAACUUAAAUUAUUUAAUUCUUUAAAAGCCUCUGUUUAGGUUUUUUUUUUGCCAUAAAGUCCUAAUGGGAUAUUAAAUCUUCACAUCUUAAUUUUGAAACAAAGUUAUAUAUACUGAAGGUAACGGCAUGUGUUCCUGCACCAGUUUCCGGAAGGUGUUAAGCUUUAUUCUCUUCAUGCUGGUCUCAGUGAGACAUACUAGCAGGACUUGGGUACCCAUUUAUUUUAUCUGUAAAUCUUGGGUCGGAUGAAUUUGAAGCCUUAACACAGAUGCACUUGACCAAGAAAGGUGGUGAAUUGGGGGGACCUUGGGACUUUCCAAUCAAUGUCUUGCAGGUCUUGUUAUUAUUAUUAACACAAUCAUGUGUUGAACACACAUCCUGAACAGUACACACUCCUUUAAGUGCAUUAUUCUGCUAAUUCUUUGUUCUUUGAAUUGAGUAUAGUAUCAGUAUGUAGUACUUAAAUUAGUGGGUAGAGUGAGCCUAGAUUUUAUUAUUGGCUCCAGAACUCUACCUUCGUAAACACACUUUGAUACCACUAUGCUUUGGAUGUUUUGCAUAAGGACCUCAAAACUUGAAUAUACAAACUCAACUCUAAGCUGAUAGCCUUGAAGAUGUCAAUGUGCUCUAUCCUGGAUUGCCCCUUCUGUUGCUGGACAGGAUCACUGGCUAUGUGGGAUGGAACUAAGGCCAAAUUAUUGCUGAGCUGCCAUUUUUGCAUGAGGUGUAUAAGAGGAGAGGUAAAUAAGCCUUGCCUAGCAAUUGGAGGGGCAACCCUUGUUCUAUAGUGGCCUUUCAGGACCUUCACAAGUUAACACUUCAGAGCCAAGGUUUAGUCCUGCAGUUUCAGGACCACAGUACUGGAGAGAGCUUUAUACAAUUACUGAUGUGAAUUUCUCUAAAAGUGUAUAUUUUUGUGUCCAGUUGUAUUAUUUAAGUGUUCCUUUGUAUAAAAUGUGUAUAAAGUAUUGUAUAGUUCAAAA